AGUCUUGACGAGCCAGAAGUGCUGUUGCAACUGCAAGCGACCCCGCACCAGGAUCCAACCCCACCAGCGGCCCCGCUGACCUUCUCUUCCUCAGUCUCCCUUUUCUCCCGCAAGAACCCCCCUCCUCCCCCUCCUCUGAUCUCGCCCCGCCCCUCCGCCUCGACCCAUCCGGAUCCAGCUCACCCGCUCCCCGUUCGAUACAGCUCCGUCCCGUGCGGUACGAUCCGCACCGCGGCAACCGGUCCGGCGGCCGGCGCCAUGGCGAGCGGCGGCGAGCAGGCGCCGGCGGAGGCCGAGCCGCUGGAGCUCGUGCUGUUCCAGGUCGCCGAGUGCUACGUAUACCUGAUUCCUCCGAGGAAGACGGCUGCCUCCUACAGGGCUGACGAGUGGAACAUCAACAAAUGGGCGUGGGAAGGGGCGCUUAAGGUCGUCAGCAAGGGAGAGGAAUGCAUCAUCAAAUUGGAAGAUAAGAACACGGGGGAGCUGUACGCUAGGGCAUUUCUCAGAGAGGGUGAACUACACCCAGUGGAACCCGUAAUUGAUAGUAGCAGAUAUUUUGUACUCCGUGUUGAAGAGAAUAUAGAUGGGCGUCAGCGUCAUGCUUUUAUAGGUUUAGGCUUCCGUGAAAGACCUGAAGCAUAUGACUUUCAAGCUGCUCUACAUGACCAUAUGAAAUAUCUAAACAAGAAGAAGACCGCUGAAGAGAUGGUGCAGCAUUAUGAGAAGACAUCUUCUGUGGAUUACAGCCUCAAAGAAGGGGAAACUUUGGUUCUUCAGCUAAGAAAUAAAGAAACUGCCACCAAGACAAAAUCUGCUUUUUUUGAGCAAGGACUAAACAAGCUCUCGAUGAAUGAAAAGGCAAACUCCAAGGAGGCCCCCGUCUCCCUUAAACUUCCCCCGCCUCCACCUUCACCUGUCUCUCCAACUGAUUCUGGAGUUGCCGCUUCUCCUUUCAAAGCAGAAUUUCCUCCCAAAGAACAACCAGCUGCUGAUACCGUCAGCACAGCCGGUGCUCUCCCUUCCACAGCAGAACUUGCUCCUGAGCAACCAGCUGCAGCAGAGAAGAUCGAUCAAGAAGCUGUAGAUGAUGACUUUGGGGACUUUCAGGCUGCCGGAUGAAUCAUGUAUCUUGUACAUACAACAUGUUACUCAAAACUGCUGCUUUUCUAUUCAUUUCUUUUCAAUCAGUUGUGACUUUUGCCGGCACUCGUGUGUCUUGUAUAGGAGCUAUCACCUCAUAAGUUAUACACAUACAUGGCAAAAACGAUGCGAGUACCUUUUAUUUCGCAGUAGCA